CGCUCGCGCAGAACGACGACACCCUCCACCUGAACCGGCGCGUAACGCCAACCUCACGCGCGCCGCACCGCACCGCGCGUCGCAUCCACACAGCGCCUUACCCUAGUAGCUACUACUAGGUUGACAACGACGACGACAUCGCCGACGCGGACGAACGACCAGAGUGAUGUCGCUCCUCACCCCGGAACAGCGCGCGAUAUUCGACGAGACCGUGCGCCUGCGCGCGCUCGAGGUCCUAAACGGCGGCGAAGAGCCGAUCGCGAGCGCGCUUCCGCCGGACGCGAGGCACGGGGACCACCCGCACCCGCAUAAACCCGGGUCGAGGGUGAAAAAAGCGGAGCAAGAGCAGCGACACCGCGCCAUCAAAACCGCCGCCGUCGACGAGGCGAACCCGGUCUUCGCGCUGGACUCGAACGACCCCAACUACGACAGCAGCGAAGAGCCGAACCACACGAUACUGAAGGCGAUACCACGCGCGUUCCCGCGGACGGACGUCAUCGUCGCGUACAAGGCGUCGACGGCGUCCAUCGUGAAGGAGUACUUCGACUCGGGCGACGUCGCCGCGACGGCGGCGCUGCUGGACGACACCGAGCAGCCGCUGUAUCAGCACUACUUCGUCAAGCGUCUGGUGACGAUGUCCAUGGACCGCGGCGCGAAGGAGAAAGAAGCCGCCGCGGUGCUUCUCAGCGCGCUGUACCCGAACCACGUCUCGAGCCUGGAGAUUCAGAGAGGAUUCGAACGGCUCGUCGAGAGCGUGGACGACUUGGCGCUCGACGUGCCCUCCGCGGCGAGCGACCUCGCGAUGUUCAUCGCGCGCGCGACCGUGGACGAUAUCCUCCCGCCGGCGUUCAUGCACACCCUGGAGGGUUUGCUCCCCGGUCUGAGAGGGGAGGGGAAGCACGCGUUCGAGACGUUGAGGAUCGCGCGCGGGCAUCUCGACGGGCGGCACGCGCACGAACGCGUGCUGCGCGGGUUCGGCGUGGACUCGUCCAAGUCCCCGAUCGACGCCGCGAAGACGGCGAUUCAAGACCUUCUGACCGAGUACCUCGACUCCGGGGACGUCGCGGAAGCGCGGCGGUGCCUCCGAGCGAUCAACGCGAGGUACUUUCACCACGAAUUCGUGAAGAGGGCGCUCGUGUUGUGCAUCGAAGCCGUCGUCGGGGAUGAGACGGCGCCGCGGUUGCUCGGGCUCUUGAAAGUGCUGGGCUCCAGCGGGGAGGUGAGCGCGUCGCAGAUGGCGCUCGGGUUCGAUCGCAUGGCCGCGGUCGUGGAGGAUCUGAAGCUCGACGUUCCAAACGCGGAGACGCGCAUGGAAGGUUUGAGGCUGAUGGCGAAAGAGGAGGGGAUCCACCCGAUGCGGGACUGACCCUCCGCGGAACUCGACCAGACGUCGUCCACCGAGUGACGAGUCCGCGCGGUUGUACGAGUACCGACGACGAAAGAACAGACGUUGUACUAACGAAUACGAGUC